AUGUUACGACGGCGUUUCUCGCGGUCUUUCACGAUCGUUUUUGCCGUUGUUUCACUGAAUCUACAUGCUAUAAGCGGUUUCAAUUUGGAUGUUCAUGCUCCGAUCUAUAAAUACGGCCAGGAGAACACCUAUUUUGGGUAUACAGUAGCGGAACACUUCAAGGUUGACGAACCUGUGUGA